GGGAGGGUGAGGGUCGGUCACUCAGUAUCUUGGGUGCUGUGGUAAAGCCAGGACGUACAGCCUCCGCCUUCUCUCGGUUCUCACUGACGACUCAGAUGUGCUUGUGAGGAUAAGGAUAAAGACUCUGAUAAGGUGAACGGAAGGAAAUUUUACUGAAUAAUAGUUACGGAAAAUAAACAGUCGGGGAACAGGAGUUUAAAUGUGAAGUGUAGCCUGUACUCGAGUUCCGGUGCCACAUCAUGGUGGUCAAUCAGAGCAGUGCCAGAAUGGAUAACCUAACAGCAGAACAGGGCAGUAGUAGUAGUAAAGAGCGGGUGGACGGCAAUAAUAAUGAUAACAAUGACCCGAAUAACAAUGACGCAGCCAGUGGAACAGAUAACAACAACAACAACAACAGCGAAGACAGCAACAGUUGUCAAAGUGUCAGCAACGCCAUUACCGUCUCGGCAAAUGUCAAAUACCAGCUCCGUCCCAGGUCACUCCAGGCGAGACGAUUCUGCGAUAGCGACUGGUCUAUUCAGGACACCAUCAUAAGACACAAACCCCGCCCACCGCCUCUGUCACGCUACAGAAGGAAAACCGCAAACGCCCGGGAGCGACACCGCAUGCGACAGAUCAACACCGCCUUCGAGAGCCUCAGGGGAGUCCUUCCGUCCUGGGUGUGCAGUCGAAGAGCAGCCUCUGACCUGACCAAAAUCACCACCCUCAGGUUAGCCUCCGCUUACAUCCGCGCGCUGCAGGAUAUCCUGGAAGGAAACGCCGACGAAGAGACCUACCCCUGGGUCCUCGCCAACAUCUUGGACGGGUCCUCCUCCAAGAAAGAAAAUCCCAAACUGGAAAGCCCUCCGGAGGCCGCAAUCAAAACUCAGUUGUCACCUCCUUACACUGCACAGGAGGGCGACCUCGUGUCUCUCCUUUGCAGUUCCUCAAGUGCUACAGUUCUCGAGGAGAACCUCGAGUUUCCAUAUUUGUCCUCGAUGUCCGAGGGCGACGACAUGAGCUUCUUCCUCGGGUGUGAUUCUCCUCGGAGCUGGCAGACGCAACAGCAACACACGCCCCUCGUAACUUGAUGUAGGCGACAAUAGAAAAGAAUUCUGUUAUAUUCAUCAUUUCUAUUUAUAGAAUGUCAUUUUAUGUCACUUCUGGGAAAAUAUGCAAUUCACGAGAUCUUCUCAGAUAAAUGUCAAGACAAUCUCUACCCAUACAAUGGAACAUUCCAUUCCGAUGAUGUCGAGAGAAUUUGCUGUGUUGUGAUUAAUGUAGAAAACAGAAUAAUAUUGGGCUAAGGUUGAUAGGCAAAUUUGGGUUUUGAUAUGGCGGAUGUAUUUCUUAAGUGUCUGAAAUUUAUGGCUAUGAAUUUUUAUAGUAAUUUCGUUUUUUAGGUGAAUCUGUCAGUCAUUCACUCAACCCCUGGAAAGUGUAGUUGGUUGGGUUUUUGUUAAUCAUUCACAUCAAAAGCAUUCUAGGCAGUGCUUGAAAAGCGCCUUAUUUGCCUGUUGCUGGUGAGAAAAUAGAUAUAUAAUUUACCUAUAAAACUCACCAAAACUGCAUUAAGAUGAUUUUCAUGCAUAGGAAACUAAUAUAUAUAUUUUUGUAGAAUAUGAUAAUAGCAGUUCACCUGAACAACAGACAUUCCUUACUAACGAGAGUACAAAAAUUAUAUUAUUUAUUAUUUAAAUAGAUUAUAAGUCACAAUUAGGCUUCUAAUGAAUAAUAUUAGCGAGAUUUCGCCUUUCCAAACCAGAAAUGACCAGAAAAUAACUGCUCGUUGCCUGAACCUCCGAUGCAAAAUGAGAUUACAUAACAUGGAGUAUAGUAAUUGUCAACUAAAUCAUUGAAAGUAAUUAAGUGUUAUUUUGUAAUUAGGCAAAUGUUAUUUUAUAAUUGGUCGCCACCUGAUUUAUUAACUCGUUAGAUCUUGCUUACUGCAGGGAAUUAUUAAUGAAGUUGUGUAAUUUAUUAAAAAGAAUUUGUGAAAAAUUGGUAAAAAAUUGAUUGUUUAUUAAAGUUAUCGUUCAGCUAUAUUAUUAUUAUUAUUAUUAUUAUUAUUAUUAUUAUUAUUAUUAUUAUUAUUAUUAUUAUUCUUUGCUGGAAGAAGACCUUCAUUAAUACAGGUUUUAUUGAAAAUAAUGGCUUUUUCAGCCGCGUUUAUUUUAUAUAGAUGUUUCUCUGUUCAUUUUUAUUUGAAGUUUUAAUACCCAAUGUGAGUACAGAAGAAAAGUCAGUAAUAAGAAGAUUAGAGAACUUUUAUACAAAAUAAACGAGGCUGAAAUAGCCAUUAUUUUAAAUGAAACCUCUAUUAUUAUCAUUGUUAUUUUUAUUAUCAUUAUUACGUAUUUUAAGCUGACUACAGGGUCAGAAAUAUUAAAGCUCCAAAUGUUAGCCUGAUGAACUGGUCAUUUUGUGUAUUUUUCAUUUUUGAAUACUGAUACACGAAUUUCAGUUUUGCAGAAGGAACAAAAAAAUGUGGUCAGGUGUAAUUAACGACGUAAUUAACAAUAACAUCUAUCAGUCUAAAUACAAAAAGAAAAAUUCUUUCGCAGUCAAACCAUUUAACACUCUCCUCUCCAAACUUUUUUUUAGUUUCUGUACGUUUAAUACAUAACAUGAUAUAUAUUAGGCUAACCAGUUAUGGAGGGAAUUUUUACACCCAGUUCUAAGAUGUUUUGUAUAAUCACUGAUUUUAAGAGAUAAACGGACGUAUUCCUUGAUAUUUCUCAUAUCCAUAAUUUUCAAAGACUGAGAAAGACCGCAGUAAGCGGCAUAUAUAGUAUAUAUUAUAAUUCGGUGGUGUAUUGUGCUAAGCCAAUUGCACGAAGCCUCAGUUGACGGUGGCUGUCCGAAGCAAUCUGAUAGCCGAGCCAAAAUGAACACAGACAAGCAAACAGAACACAUGAUAAGAAAUUGUGAGUUUAUUGCAACCUUUAUUCUUAAUCCCUUUGCCUUGGCUGUGGUAUUGCCGAGCUAAGGAUGUACAUUAUGAUGUUACAAUUGAUUGUGUUUCCUUUUUUAUAGAUAAAUGAUAAUAAUAUAUAGGACUCUGCUGGUGAAAGUAUACAUGCUAUAGCUUCCUUAACUUAAAAGAUGGAUCUGUUGUAUUCUAGUCUUAAAAGUAGGAGUUAAUUAUGGUUAUAAAGUCCUUUGAUUUUAUUGCGAGAGGACUUUUGUGAUUCCAUUGUACACAU